ACGUAUCAAAAACCAGCUGUUCCUCCCUCUCUUUCAGAAAGUAACACAGAAUCACCCAUCUAUAAAAGAAUACUAACCGGCAACAGCAAGUGAAACAAAAACAAAAUUGAAAAACCAACAAAAAUUCUUGCCUUAACCCACCCUCCCUUUAUCUCCUUCUUUUCUUCUCAUAUAAACCAUAUAUACAGACAAACUCUGCAAUCUCCUUUCACUUGUUUUCCUCUUCUUCUUCUUCUUCUUCUUUUUUCUCUCGUCCAUGUUCUAGGGAAACAUAUUAUUACAUAAAUAAAACCAUGGGCGCCGGUUAUAAUUGCUGUUUGUCGUUUAAAGCCUUGUUUGGGGCACUUGUAGUUUUGGGGUUCAUCUUAGUUGGGACCCUACAAAGUGAAGGGAACGAAACAACGACAAAGACCACGACUUUGAAGAUUGCCGAUGAGGAUGAUGAGUCAUGGCCGUGGAAGGGAAAGGCGAUGGAAGAGCAAGUGAAGGGCUUAGGCAAAGGAAAGUUAUCGAGUUUGGUGCACCCACGGAUGGAUCUCAACUACAUGAGCAAAAGAAGAGUUCCUAAAGGACCAGAUCCUAUUCAUAACAGGCGAGCUGGCAACUCGAAACGACCGCCGAGACAAGGUUAGGCAUCAAAGUAUGGACGCCGGAAACUUCGAAUCAGCCGAAGUGCUAAAAGACGAUGACCACGUACAAAACCAGCAUAUCCGCCAUAUAUUGUGCAUGUAAUGUUUCGGAGGUGGGACUAUAU